AUGGAGACAUCGACUGAAUCUGCGUAUCAAUUGGUCUCUGCCCAGGACCUUCCUACAGAAAAUGCAAAACCAAAUGAGGGAUAUUUUGGCAGAGAUAUAAUUGCUGGUGCAGCUGUGAGGAUUGCUUCCGCGGGCUUCUUUUUCUUCCGCAUCCCUGACCCCGAGUUCAGAAGGAAGAUUUUGGAAGAAGGUCAUAUAACGGUUGCAAGGGUUGCACUUGUUUUGCAACAAUGGAAGCCGCUCCUAGAGUUGAAGAGGGAGAAGCAAACCUCGGUGCCAGUGUGGAUUCGCUUGAAAAACCUACCUCUUGACCUAUGGACAGCCCCGGCAAUUAGCGCCAUCGCGAGCACCAUUGGCAAGCCGUUAUUUGUUGAUCAACGCACGGAGCAAUCUCAAAGGAUCUCUUUUGCAAGAGUGUGUGUGGAGAUUCAAGUAAACAAGCCAAGGUUCUACUUGACCGGGGUAAGACUAAACGGAGUUGUUCGGUCGAUUGCCAUUGAGUACGAGUGGAAGCCAGCGGAAUGCUUGAAGUGUGGCUCCUUUGGGCACAAUUGUGCAACCUCUUUGAAUGGGCGGAAGGCGGUGCAAGGCCAGAAACAAGUUCAGACCAUUCCUCCCCCCCCACCAGUGGAGGCCCGCCCCUCUGAGACUUCACCAAUGCUGGUGGUAGACCUGAAUGAGGCUGAUUUUGGAUGGAAACAAGUCAAGGGAAAGAAGAACAAAUCUCCCCCUCCCAAGGAGACAUAUUUAGACCAUCCGGCAAGCUCGGAGAAGAGGAACCACCUUUCAAGCGGUCGAAGCAGCUCUUAA